CUUCCAUUAGAUUCAUCAAUGGCGAUCCUUCAUAUAACCACUCAUUUAAAACCCCAACACUCCAUCUCCCACUCUUUUUAAACUUAUUUAUUUAACAUAUAUAUAUAAACCCUCCAGAUUCGAUUUCCUAUUUUCCAAAUUUUGUGAUGCACUCUCCCUUUUUAGAUCGGUUUCGAAUCUUCUUCCUUUCUUGCCUUCUUCAUUCUCCAGAGCUCUUAUAAGAAACCCUAAUUCUGACAUCAAGAAAACAAACAAAAAUGAAGAUGUUUCAGGGCCUGCUGAAAAGCAGAUUCUAUUCCAAAUGCAAAUCGGAUCUGAAAGUUACGAGGACACGAAUUGAGAUUAUAAAGAAGAGAAAGAAUGCCAUCCAGAAGUAUUUCAAGAACGAUAUUGUCGAUCUUCUUAGAAAUGGAUUCGAUCUUAAUGCCUACGACAGGGUGGAAGGACUCAUUCAUGAAAUCGAAAAAUCUUCUUGCUACGAAUUCAUUGAUCGUUAUUGCCAACACAUCUCCGACAAUCUCUCCGCCAUCGACAAACAGAGGGAAUGUCCCAACGACUGCCGCGAAGCCGUCUCAUCCCUCAUGUACGCCGCCGCACGCUUCGCCGACCUCCCGGAGCUCCGGCAGCUCCGGACUCUAUUCUCCGAACGGUACGGGAGAUCGUUAGAUCCUUACGUCGAAAAACAGUUCGCCGAGAAGGCGAACGCAGAGAUGCCUUCAAAAGACGUAAAGCUUCGACUUUUAGAAGAAAUCGCCUCCGAGUCGGGCCUCGAUUGGAGCCCGAAACCAUUGCAAAACAAGCUCUUCAACAAAACGAACGAAUUUAACAAUCGGGACGCUGAAUUGCCGCCGGUGAAGGACAUUUCCGUCGACAUUGUUGGAGCAUUCGCCGACGCGAAAGACGAGGGCCGCGACGAUGAUCGUAAGCCUUUGAUGUAUCGGUCGAACCGUCCGCCGUACACUAAACCGAGAAACGGCGGCGAUGAGCUAUGCGAGAAGGCUCGGCGGGCGGUGAAGUCGGUUAGGACACGCGGACGGGAUUCUCUGCUCGAUCAAACGAGCUCGUCCGAGAGCGACGAGAAAGAUAAGGCUAGGCAGUCGAGCAGGGCAUUGUCUCUACCUCCCGAUAAAUCGUCGGGCGCAGCCGAGACUUCUCCGACGCACGUGAGGUCAGUGUCGUGUGAGGCUAAUGUCCACGUCGGCGGUGGUCACGUGCAUCCGAGGUUGCCGGACUACGACGAUGUUGUCGCCCGGCUUGGAUCGAUCAGAGGGAAAAGUAGCCGUUAGGUAAUACUAUUAAUCAGUAUCGGGAAUCUAAUAGAUAAUGUGCUGUGUAUAAUACUAACAUUCUAGGUAUGUAUUCUA